AUGACUGGAGGCGGGGGUGCAGCUGAGGUGAGAUCCAGCCGAAGGACAAUGUUUGCGCCCGGCGUUGGCAUCCCUCCGCUGCCGGGGCGUCUGGUACUGAUGCUGCUCCUUCUGUCCGCCUGCGAGCCGAGGCUCUCCCAGGCUUGUCCCGGGCUGCUCGCUACCACCAGCGGCUGCAGCUGCGCGGAGGAGAGGUCCAAAGCGCACGGCAUCCAGACUGCCGGGAAAAGGGUCAGCUGCAGCAAGGGGGAGCUGUCUGAGGCUCCGGAUGCCAGCCUGCUCCCUAACAGGACCGUCACUCUGAUCCUGAGCCAGAACAAAAUCAGAGUUUUAAGAAAUGGAUCCUUCUUUGGACUUAACGCUUUGGAGAAGCUGGACCUCAAGCACAACUUAAUCAGCACCAUCAUGCCCGGAGCUUUCCAAGGCCUGUCUGAGCUUCGGAAACUCGAUCUAUCCAACAACCGCAUUGGCUGCCUGACUGCAGAUAUGUUCCAGGGGUUGACCAAUCUCACUAAACUGAAUCUCUCUGGCAACAUCAUAUCAACCAUGGAUCCAGGAGUUUUUCAGGAGCUGCCGUCCCUCAAGCUAGUGAAUUUCAACUCAGAAUACCUGUCAUGUGACUGUGGCUUGCGCUGGGUGCUGGGCUUCAUUCGCGGCAGUUCACCCCGGCUGGGGGACGAAACCCUGUGUGCCUACCCGAGGAGUCUGAGGGGAAAGCCCCUGCGUGGACUAAAGGAAAGCCAGAUGAGCUGUGAUGGUCCUCUGGAGCUGCACACCCUGUCGCUGCUGCCGGCUCAGCGUCAGGUGGUCUUCAAAGGCGAUCGGCUGCCCUUCCACUGCACUGCUGCCUUGGUGGACAAAAUCACCACCUUGCACUGGCGCCACAAUGGUCAACUGGUGACCUCUGACCCAGAAAUGGGUGUCCAGCUUGAGAACAGCGUGCUGCAUGACUGCACCUUCAUCACCAGUGAGCUUAUUCUGUUCAAUGUACAUGUGGAGGCCAGUGGAGAGUGGGAGUGUGUGGUUUCUACUGGGCGGGGAAACACAUCUCGCAGUGUUGAAAUAGUGGUGCUGGAGAAUAGUGCCUCCUUCUGUCCAGAAGAUAAAGUUGUCAACAACCGGGGGGAAUUCAGGUGGCCAAGAACUCUGGCAGGCAUCACUUCCCAUCAGUACUGCCUUCAGCUGCGUUACUCAUCCCUGUCUGUGGAGGGGGGUAUGGAGCAGAAAAAAGCCUCUCGUUACUGUGACCGUUCUGGAAAAUGGCAGGAGGGCGACUAUUCAAACUGUCACUACACCAAUGGCAUCACCCGUGUCCUACACACCUUCAUUCUGAGGCCUAUCAAUACAUCAAAUGCCGUCACUGUGGCACAUCAGGUACGCACAUACACCUUGGAAGCUGCAGGCUUCACUGACUCAGUGGAUGUGCUUUAUGUUGCACAAAUGAUGGAGAAGUUUAUGGAAUAUGUCAGACCGCUGCGAGAGUUGUCGGAGGUGUUGGUGGAGAUGGGCAGUAACCUGAUGCAGGUGGAUGACCAGAUCCUCACUCUUGCCCAGAGAGAGAAGAGAGCUUGCAGCUCCAUCGUCCUCUCUUUGGAAACUCUGGCCUGGCCUCAGCUACACAGCCACGCUCAAGACUUCUCCAUGGUUUCUAGGAACAUUGUGAUGGAGGCCCACUUAAUUCGACCAGCCCACUUCACUGGUAUAACCUGCACUGCAUAUCAGCGUCGUGAGGUGUUAACAAGCAAUCUGGGAAUGGAAAUGCAGGAGUCCGCACAUGAACAACAGCUUCGUUUUCGCUGCAGCACUGGCUCGCAUAACACCUCUCUGAACAAUUUCCCCCUAAAGAAUUCGGUAGCUCUGGCCUCUGUGACUCUCCCUGCUACUCUAUUUCCUCCUGAUGCUCCUGCAGACUGUAAGCUGCAGUUUGUAGUCUUUAGGACAGGCAGCUUUUUUCCACUGUCUGGGAACUCAAGCAACACUGGAGAACACUCUCGCAGACGUAGCGUGAACACUCCUGUCAUCUUUGUAGGCUUAGACGGCUGCAGCAUGUGGAACCACUCGGAGCCCAUCUGGGUGUCACUUCGCCACUUGUCACCUGGCACUGACGCCAUGGCAGCCCAGUGGAGCCUGAAGGCACUGGAGAAGCAUGGUGGCUGGAGCCAGGAGGGCUGUCAGCUGGUCCACAGUGAUAGCAGCACUUCCACAAUGCGCUGCUCUCUGCUUAGCAACUAUGCAGUGCUGCAGGAGGUGCCAGACUUCCCCAACUCUACACCCAUCUCUGUAAGCGUGCUCCACCCUGUGGUGUAUGCCUGUACUGCAGUGCUCCUCCUUUGCCUCUUCACCAUCAUCAUCACACACAUACUUCACCACAGUUCCAUUCACAUAUCAAGAAAAAGCUGGCACACAUUACUGAAUACCUGCUUCCAUAUCGCCAUGACAACGGCCAUCUACGCAGGAGGGAUUAGUUUGACCAGCUACCCAGUUGUUUGUCAAGCUGUGGGCAUUGCCCUGCACUACUCCUCGCUGUCGACCCUGCUGUGGAUUGGAGUCAGUGCCAGGGUGAUCUACAAAGAAGCUGUGUGGAGAAUGCCACGCCAGCCAGAGGGAGAGUCUCCUGUUCCACCUACUCAGCGACCUAUGCUCAGGUUCUAUUUGAUAGCUGAUGGAGUUCCUCUUAUCAUUUGUGGGAUCACUGCAGCUGUCAAUGUCAGCAACUACGGAGACAACAGCCCUUACUGCUGGCUGGUGUGGCGCUCCAGUUUGGGGUCUUUCUUUGUCCCAGCUGGCCUAGUGGUGUUGGUGACCUGGAUCUAUUUCCUGUGCACUGUGUUUCGCCUGAGGCACCGUGUGGCCAAAGAAUGCACAGGAACCACCCUACCCUCUCCUGUGACUGAGAGCCAGCCUGCGCUGGCAGGAAGCACCAGCCUUCUCUCCACAGAUUCAGUGGUGGGACCUAUAAACCCUGCUGUGGCUCUAGAGGACCAGUACUCACUGAAGACACAGUUCAUGGUGCUGGUGGCCACCCACUUCCUGUUUGUGGUUCUAUGGUGUUGUGCAGCAAUGGCAAUGUGGCUGACAGGGCAUACUAGCUUGUUGUUUAGCUGUCUCUAUGGAUUGGCUGCCACAGUUCUGGGGGUGUUUCUGGUGGUGCACCACUGCUUCCGACGGCUGGAUGUGCAAGCCUCAUGGCUAGCAUGCUGCCCAGGCUAUCGCCGCUCUCAUCCCAUGUCUACUUACACACACACUUGCACUACGGUAAGUGGAGUGCAGACCUCUGAGCAGGGAUCACAACUGUUCAUCAACUGCCAUCCACCUGGUGACUCACAUAACUCCUCGUCAGCUAGGUCAUCAUCCACACCAAGUGGGAUCAGCAGCGUGGGCCCCGGGCCUUGCAAGCUCACCAACCUGUUACAGGUGGCACAAGACAAUCCAAACAACACUUCACGUGCACCUGCAGGUAACAACACUAGCACCAGUACUGACAACAUCACAAAGCCAACUAACAAUGUUCUGCCCAUCAUUAACUCUGCGGCCCCAGUGCAUCCCCAGAGAAGGAAAGUGAGUAGCAGAACUAAACAAGGGAGCAGCCAAUAUCACCAUCGGGGUGAGGGAAGAGGUCACUAUCGUCUCAAAGCUCUAAGGACAGCUGGAGGUGGGGGCAGCCUUGGAGCUUUAGGUCCCACGGGUUUAGAACACCUCAGUUCUUCACACACAGUUUAUAAACAGGCCACGAGUGAGAAUGGCAGUAUCCACCAUAGCCUCUCUGAGAGCCAGGCCAGCCCGCUGACAAAUGGGAAGCGGGUGGGAGAGUCAGUGGCCACCAGCCCAUCAGAGGGAAGUGAUGGGGGCAGCAGUGGGAGCCGCAAACCUUUCCCCCUACUACCCUCAAUGGCAAGCAGAGCAGCCAUGCACGGCGCCCAGAGACGAUGCGCCAGCAAAGACAAUUUGAAACUUGCAGCUGCUUCAGAGCGAGAAGCUAAGCGCUGCUCCUACCCUUUGAACAGUGUUACACCCACUAUGCCAGGGGCCUCUGCCCCGAAUGGCACCCUGAAAAACUCAGUGCUAGAGCUGGAGCAGGACAUGAGUGGCACAGACCAAUCCCAGAGCUCUGUUGGAAUGAAGAGCAGUUUGUGGAAGAGCGAAACCACAGUGUAACCUAUACUUAUACAUGAACUUCUAUGCAUGACCUUAACAGACUCUUGAAUGAUUGGGUUAUGUUUUAAUGGUCUCUUGAUUAUAAUAAUUAUAUAAUUUAAGAUAUAAAAUCAUGAAGGCAUC